AUGCAUUUUUAUAUAGUCUUAUUGGUUGCAGGUCUAGCGCCCGAUCUACUAUCGGCUUCGUCUUUACCCCGGUCGGGUAUUGUGGAUCUCGGAUACUCGCAGUACCAGGGGAUAUCCUUGCACAACGGCGUUGACGAGUUUCUCGGCAUAAGAUAUGCCAAGGCACCAGUGGGUGAAUUGCGAUUUCGAGCGCCACAGGACCCUGAAUCUACGAAUGAGGUUUUAGAUGCAUCAUCGUUUGGUGCCGUUUGUAUAGGCGUUGGUCAAACAACCAGCGCCGCAUAUGCAGAAGACUGUCUGUUUGUCAAUAUUUAUAGGCCCAAUAAUGCGUCUACGAAUGCAAAUCUCCCCGUGUGGGUGUUUAUCUCCGGGGGUGGAUACGCGGAUCUGUCCAACGCGAAUUAUAACGGCAGUGAAGUCGUACAGCAAUCAGGCCAUGGUAUCGUCUUGGUCAACUUCAACUAUCGGGUUGGUGUACUGGGAUUUUUGGCUGGCGAGGAAGUGCGCAAGAAUGGGGAUCUGAAUGUGGGGUUGCUUGAUCAGAGGAAACUGCUGUCUUGGGUCCAGCAGAAUAUCCAUCUCUUUGGUGGGGAUCCUGACCAUGUGGUUAUUCACGGCGACUCGGCAGGUGCAGGAUCGGUCGCGCAUCAUAUCACGGCUUAUGAGGGUCGUGACAUGAACCUUUUUGCUGGCGCCAUUGCCGAGUCAAAUUUCUGGCCUACACAACGAACAGUUGCGGAAAUGGAAUUCCAAUACACGCGAUUUGUAAAAGAUACUGGGUGUGACGAUGCCAAUGAUACACUCGCUUGUCUUCGUACUGUUAAUAUUCAGACGAUCCAAGACUAUGAUGUGGAUGAGCCUUUCCCAGGUGGAAGCAGCAGUCCUGUACCCCUGUGGUACUGGCUUCCCGUGGUGGAUGGCGAUUUAGUGCCUGACCUUCUAUACACCCUCUUCGAACAGGGCAAAGUGGUUCAUGUUCCAGUGAUGGUCUCGGAUGACACCAAUGAAGGAACUGCCUUCGCGGUCAACGCGACUAGUUCCGCCGAAGUGUCGCAGUUUAUGAAGAACAACUACCCCGGACUCACGGAAGACCAGCUCAAAGGAAUCAAUAAGGAGUACCCGUUAGUGAAGGCCCUGCCCAAACAUGCGGCUUAUUUCCCCUCUGCAGCCGCUGCGUAUGGUGACUCGACAUUCACCUGUCCGGGAAACCACAUGUCAGCCUCGAUGGCACGAUUUGUCUCGUCGGAUAAGGUGUGGAAUUAUCGCUGUAAUAUUCUUGAUCCAACAGAGAUUGCGGAUGGAAUGGGCGUUCCACAUGUAUUCGAAAUGCCGGCGGUUUUUGGCCUUGGUGAAACCAACGAAGCGUCGGCCUCUUUUGCCACCACCAACGCCGAUAUGGUUCCCAUUGUCAUGGACUACUACAUCAGUUUUAUCAAAGCACUGAAUCCAAACAAAUUUCGGAAUGAAAAUGCCCCUAUGUGGUGGGCUUGGGGAUCUGGAAUUGGGGAGCGGUUAAGACUGCAAACCAACUCCACUGCAAUGGAAGAGGUGCCUAAGGCGCAAGUGCAACGAUGUGCGAUGUGGCGGAAGUUAGCAACGGCGAUGGAGCAGUAA